AUGACAAAAGCAACUGGUCUCCUGAUCCUGUUGGUUGUCGGGGCUCAUGCACUUAGCGAAGAAGACCGUAAGAGCAUUCUUGAAUUCCACACGGCAAUCCGUGAGCAAGUACGCCCACCCGCCUCCAACAUGAUGCUAAUGAAAUAUUCGAAAAAAUUGGAGAAUUUGGCUAAAAAAUGGGUUCGACAAUGUAGAUACGCACAUACGGACCCAAACCAACAUCCGGAAUAUAAAGGCGUUGGACAGAAUAUCGCAGCUUCUGGAGGUGUUGUACCAACCAUCAGAUGGUUGGCAAAUCUGUGGAAGACGCAGGCAAAGUACUACAAUUAUUCUAACAACUCCUGCCUUCCUUUGAAGACCUGCCAACAUUACACGCAGAUGGUUUGGGCUGGUUCAUCCCAUCUCGGUUGUGCAGUCAAGCGUUGUGAUCGCAUGAAACCAACCUGGUUUCCGCCAGUAUACUACUUGGUUUGUCAGUACUGGCCUACAGGCAUUUUCAAAGAGCAUAGACCCUACAUCACAGGAAGACCCUGCACUGGCUGUCCCAAUGAUUAUGACUGUACUCGCAAUCAAUGUUGGCGUCGGCGACCUCGUUAA